AUGGGCGACAAAGGUGACGGAGAAACCUUUGAUGAUGCGGUUGAAGAGAGGGUCAUCAAUGAAGAGUAUAAAAUAUGGAAAAAGAAUACUCCAUUUUUGUACGAUCUGGUUAUGACACACGCUCUGGAGUGGCCCUCGCUAACUGCCCAGUGGCUACCUGACGUGACCCGGCCUGAAGGAAAGGAUUAUUCGGUACAUAGAUUAAUCUUGGGUACUCACACAUCAGAUGAACAGAAUCACUUGCUGAUUGCAAGUGUACAGCUUCCCAAUGAAGAUGCACAGUUUGAUGCGAGCCACUAUGACAAUGAUAAAGGUGAAUUUGGUGGCUUCGGAUCAGUGUCAGGUAAAAUUGACAUUGAGAUCAAAAUCAACCAUGAGGGUGAAGUGAACAGGGCUCGCUACAUGCCUCAGAACCCCUGUGUGAUUGCCACCAAGACUCCUUCCUCUGAUGUGUUGGUCUUUGACUACACAAAGCAUCCAUCAAAGCCUGAACCUUCUGGGGAAUGCCAUCCUGAUCUCAGAUUGCGUGGUCACCAAAAAGAGGGCUAUGGUUUAUCCUGGAAUCCAAACCUUAAUGGUUAUCUGCUGUCAGCGAGUGAUGACCAUACAAUAUGUCUUUGGGACAUAAACGCGACGCCGAAGGAAGGUCGCGUCAUUGAAGCUAAGUCGGUGUUCACUGGACACACGGCCGUGGUUGAGGAUGUCGCCUGGCAUCUCCUGCACGAAUCACUAUUCGGAUCUGUGGCUGAUGAUCAGAAACUUAUGAUUUGGGAUACUAGAUGUAACAACACAUCAAAGCCCUCUCACACAGUAGACGCGCAUACUGCUGAAGUCAACUGUCUCAGCUUCAAUCCCUACUCUGAAUUCAUUCUAGCUACAGGCAGUGCUGAUAAAACGGUAGCGCUGUGGGACCUCCGGAACCUGAAGCUGAAGCUGCACUCAUUCGAGUCACACAAGGACGAGAUCUUCCAAGUCCAGUGGUCGCCGCAUAACGAGACCAUCCUUGCCAGCAGUGGUACCGACAGAAGGCUUCACGUGUGGGAUCUGUCGAAGAUAGGUGAGGAGCAGACGGCCGAAGACGCCGAGGAUGGUCCUCCUGAGUUAUUGUUCAUCCACGGUGGACAUACAGCUAAGAUAUCAGACUUCUCGUGGAACCCUAACGAACCGUGGGUUAUCUGCUCUGUGUCCGAAGACAAUAUUAUGCAGGUAUGGCAGAUGGCUGAGAACAUCUACAAUGACGAGGAGCCCGAGACGCCCGCGUCGGAGCUGGAAUCUGGUGUGAACGUGAACCACGGCUAG